AUGGUGAGAAAUCUUCAGCAGCUUUUGCGUUUAUAUGUGGGCGAUUGCGGAGUGGAGGAAAUCAUUGAAGAUGGAGUACAAACGACAUAUGAGUUUGUGCUCUCAAAACUAAACUCUGUCAGAUUUGAGGAUUUGCCCGAUCUUAACUGUUUCUAUUCUGGAAUGCAUGCUUCCUGUUGGCCGUCACUUGAAGCUUUGACAGUAUAUGGUUGCUCUAGAGUAGCAUUUUUGGCCCAAGAAUGUUCAAGGUUUCAGAGAAAGUAUGACUCGAUGUAUCCAACCCCAACUAACCAAGCUCUCUUUCUAAUUAAGAAGGAUUCAUUCCCAAGCUUGAAAAGAGUGACCAUUUCCGGCAUGGAGAUUUGGGAUGGCCCCUUUCCAGUAAAUUACUUCAGCAAACUAGAAUAUUUCCAGGUCGAAAAGAGUAACAAUGAGUCGGCUGCUAUACUUGAGAAAUUCCCUGGUCUCGAAAAAUAUGGUGAAACAAGUGCUGCUGCUUCUAGUGAAAUAUCUUCCCAUCGGAAAAGCAGAAGUGGGGAUAUACAUGCAGUUGGGGCCCUCUCUCGUUUAAGUCAAUUAUGGCUUUGUGGCAUGUCUCGCCUGAUGCAUCUAGGGGAAGAUAACUCCCAAAUGGCAGGUCAAAAUUUUCCAAACCUGCAAAUUCUAGGGAUAGAUUGUUGUGACAGCUUACGGAAUCUAAGAUCAUCAGCAAUAUCCUUCAAGAAUCUAACAAAAUUGCAAGUAAAUGGUUGUUCGGGGUUGGAAUACUUGAUAACUUACUCCACAGCUAAAAGUCUCAAGCAACUCAUAGUCCUAUCAGUUGAGAACUGUGUAAGAUUGGUAGAAAUAGUGGGAAGCAGAGAAGACGAUGAUAAUUUAGGAAAUGAGAUUGUAUUCAGUCGGUUGGAGUAUUUGGAACUCUCUAAGCUACCAAGAUUGCGGGGCUUUUGCUCUAGAGAUUGCAUUGUCAAAUUCCCUUCUUUGGACAAGUUAUUGAUAAGCAAACGCCUCAAACUGAAGAUCUUUGGUAACGAUGAAACGCUACAUGUAACCAACGAAGAGGUUGACACAGACGUUGAUGCUGAUGAUGGUGAAACAUACGUUGAUGCUGAUGAUGGUGAAACAGGCGUUGAUCUUGAUGAUGGUGAAAAGGAACAUAUUCAACCCCUUGAAAUCACUGCAACUGAUCAGGGGGUCAUAGCACCAGUGGGAGAAAAUCUGGCCAUCUUACCAGUAGGCGAAGUCACAACUCCUGUGUUUCCAGUUAUUGAGCAUACUCUAGUCGCCGAAGUAACUCAUACUGAAGCUGUCGAACAAGUAUUCUUAGAUAUUGAGCCUCUAGCCGAAGAAGCAAGGCCUGAUGUUCAUCGGACUCUUAAUGAACCAGAGCAGCAUGUUAAGGAACGAAGUGCUCCCUUGGAGCCUUCAGCUGCUGCUAAGGAAAUUUUGACACCUACAAUUCGUGCACAGGCCCCCGAAAGUUCUCUGAAGUCAUCUGUGGAGAAACUGUCCUUAAUAGUUCUGUUAUUCACAUGUUCUCUCUGGAUAUGUAUCUAUUUGAUAUCUUUACGACAUUUGACACCUGGAAGUAUAUGUACUUCACUGCCACUGUGCCACGUAAUCAACCCUUUCCAUUACCUGACCUCUCGGGAACAGGUCCGGCCCUUUGAGACCACUGCGACUGAUCAAGAGUUUAUAGCACCAGUGCAAGAAAAUAAUCUGGCCAUCAUACCAGUAGGCGAAGUCAGAACUCCUGUGUUCCCAGUCAUUGAGCCACCUCCUGUCGUCGAAGUUCCUCAUACUGAAGAAAGGGAACAAGCAUUCUCAGGCCUGAACCUAGAGCCUGUGGCUGAAGCAGCUAGGCCUGAUGCUCAUCAGAAUUCCAAUGCACCAGAGCAGAAUCUUGAGGUACAAAGUGAUCCCUUUGAGCCUUCAGCUGUUGCUAGAAUAACUCCAACUCGUAUCAUUCCUGCACUGCCCUCUUCAAGUUCUCCAAAGUCAUCACGAGCAAAACGUUCCUUGGGAGAGAAACUUCAAGAUCUGUCUGCGAAGAAGGCUGCUAGCAAUAUCGACCAAUCUGAGGAGGAGAAGACCAAGCUCAAAGCUCUUAUUUCUUCUGCUGAGUUGAGAGACCCCCAAACCAGACAACAGCUCCUGGCAGUGCUGCCCACUCUCCAACUGUCUACUACCAAAUGGAUUGCUGAUCUCGUUGUUCAAGAGCUAUCAAAGUUACCACUGGUUCUGGACAAGGAGGAAUCAUUACGCCAAAAAUUGGCUGGUCUUGUAGCUCAGGGCUUCGAGUUGGAUGAAAGGAGGCGCAUCCUCCUCUCUGAAGGUUCCUUAGCUGAAGAAAACAUCCAGAAGGUCCAGGAGCAGAAGGUGGAGCUGCUGACUGUGGAAGAGCAAAUCAAGAAGCUUGAGGCGCAAGCAAUUUUACUCCGGGCAGAGAUCGCCAUUGGCGAAAAGAGGUAUUCUGGUUUUGAAGCGUCCUUGGAUCAGCUAGUUGAGGAACGACAACUCAACCAACUCUCUGUGGAUUCAACAAGUGAAGAGCUGCUUAGGACUCGAGCUGUGAGUGACAGCUUAUGUACUGCCAUCUUUACUCAUCUCCGCCAACUAUUGUAG